AUGCUCUCAUCGCCGCCACACCACGCCUUCCUCUGUUCUGUCCCCUCGCCGGCCGCCACCCACCGCCGGCGAGCCGCCGUCGAUCGCCUGGGACUCGCCGGAAGGAACAGAGGAGGAGGAGGAAAUGUUGAGUUUGACGCGGAUGAGGAGCAGCUCUCCCCGCCCCGCGUCGCCGGCGCCGGCUCCACCGCCGGCGUUAUCUCCAGCCCCUCCAACCCCUUCGUCAAGCACUGCGUCAAGCUCCGUCAGAGCUCCUCCUACCGCCGCUCCUGCGGGAUGGCCGUCGUCGUCGGCCUCACGCCGAUCAGGUGCUCGUCGGAUUCCCCACGUCGACUGGUUGGCUCCGUGGCUUCUUUGCCUCAUCCAUUGGCAUCCACUGUAGGGAGAUCGCGUGGAGAGAAACUGAUCGCCGAGGCGGAUCGGAGGAGGGGCCGUUGAUUAAUUCCUUGCUCUUGUUGGACGUGCCAGAGGCAUCGUCGUCAGCCUCACCGGUCCUCCUCGGCGAGCUCGGCAUCAAUGGCGGCAGCGGUGAUUCUUCUUCUGCAGGGGCCCGGGUUGUGCGAGUGAGCUCCAUGGUGAUGAAGAAGCUCACGGGGCUUCAGUCAACGGAUUCCACCGAGGCGGUCGCCGUAAUGAAGAUCCCCUCCAGCUUUCACGAUGUGGGAGGCAGGCCGAGGGAGGCAGCGGGUUGCAGUAGCUGGUUCUCUUCUCCGCCUCGCCGCCUUCUGGUCCUCGAUGGAAUUCAGGUCCUCCCCCGGGUUCUCUUUUCACAAGAAUUUUGAAAAUUUUCUGAAAUAAAAUUCUCAACUCCAGUAAAUUUACGGGGAUUUUUCUUCCUGUUUCUUUGCUAUGAUUUAUUUAUAUACGAGUAUUCUUUUUCUAUGAUUCAUUUAAGAGAUGCAUCCGGUUAAAAAUUCUAUGGUAAUAUAUGGAAACCUGCUCAUGGAAAUUCACAAACAUUUCCUCUGAUCUUCUUCCGAUUUCUAGAAAUUUGGGACAUGAAUUCUGGAUGGAAAAUAAAAUAAAAAAACGUUUUAUUUCCUAUACAUUGUUAUGGUAGUUUAUGAAACCUUUCACAUCGGUUCAUCUAUUAUCUGUCUUCAUCAAUCUGAGAGUAUUAUUCUUUCUUGAAAAAUAUUUGAUGGUUUUGCAUCAUUUCCCGUAUGCUCUCAUCAUUUGUUCGUUUUCAAUGCAGGAUCCAGGAAAUAUUGGGACAUUGCUGAGGUCAGCUAUGGCUUUCAGAUGGGUAGGUUUGCCCAAGAGUUUGGUCUUUACUUCGCCUUCUAGCUGUAAUUCUUCCGCAUAGGUUAAUUUCCCAGAAGAGAAGGGCAUCUUUAGGCAUCAUUUUUCAUAAUGUUGAUUUAACUUACUCCAAACACACCGUUAGAAUGGCAGAGACAACAACAUAAAUCUCUCUUUGAGAAAAAAAAAUCAAAAUUUUCAGAAUAAAAGGGAAGCUUCUCUGUUUACCACGCAGAAACCAUGCUUUGAAUUUUUUUUGUUUUAACCAGGGAAAACAAUUAUGCUGGGAUAUUUCUUCCUCGUCCAUCUUCAUGCGUUUCUUUGGGAUGCAGAAACAGACAUCUUAAUGUCAUUCUAGUGGCGUGAUUAUGAAUCCUGGUGUCGAAUAGUUUUCGUGAAUAAAAUUUUCAUAUUAACAAAAUGGAAACAAUUUCCAUUUAAUUCCAGUUGUCCUGAUGUUUUUUCUUCUCCUUGAAAUUUCCUUCCAGGAAUUGACACAAGUGGUCACAGUAGUCACUCGAAAUCUAAGAAUAUCGAAUCUGAAUCACUAGUAGGACUCGCUUUGUUCAUUACAAUAGCCAAUAUCAUUGCCUUUUAGGAGCAUUUUGACAAAGGGUUUAUUAUAGGAUUCGCCUCAUAGACAAAGGGUUUGGGCUGGGCUUCUGGCUAGCCUGGACCAUCGACGAACUCUGAUUCUCCUUUUUUCUAUCUUCUUGUGGGAACACUGGUCGAUUUCUCUGCCAACAGGAUGGUGUCUUUCUUCUUCCCGGAUGUUGUGAUCCCUUCAAUGAGAAGGCUCUCCGAGCAGCUCGGGGGGCCUCCUUCCAGCUGCCCAUCAUAUCUGGGGACUGGGUUCAUCUGGAGGUUCUGAAGACUGAAUUCCGAAUGAAGAUGCUUGCCGCCCAUCCAGAAGAUAUUAAUGCAAACUACAGAGGAAAAGUUUCUCAUACCCUGUCUCAGGAACUGGCAGACUCUUUGGCAGAGGAUCCUCUCUGCUUGGUGUUGGGCAGCGAAGGGCAAGGCCUCUCCCAGGAGGCCAUGCAUGGGUCUGAUCUCGUCAACAUUCCAAUGGCGGGUAACUUUGAAUCCCUCAAUGUUUCUGUUGCUGGUGGGAUUUUUAUGUUCACUCUCCAAACUCAAUAUUGGGGAAAUCUUUGA